AUGAGCGGAGCAACGCCAGCACCAGAUGCGUGGAUUCCCGUCCUUCAAGAGAAUAUGAACCAAGGCGACAUUCUUCGAGAGAUUCUUCACGAGCUCCGAGAACUGAAUUCGCGAAGCCGACUCGCAGCUGAGAAGGAAAUCGAUCCAAGUGGUGAUCCCAUUCAAAAUCAAACAUUCACCACGUUUAGUGCAGCGUUACUGGCGUAUACGAACCGUCCGGGACGAUCAAACGAAAUCGCGGCCAUGUCCACUAUAGCUAUCUUUGUUGCGGGUCUUGGAGCAGCAUUGCUCGCAUAUGGCUCCCAAGUCUUCAGCACACGAGGUGGCUACAAGGUGACGGACACACUUGUGACUGCCGGAUUUGCGUUUGGCACAUUUGUGUGCCUGAAGGUUGCCGUGCUCAAUAUGAGUCCUGUGGGACAAGGCACCGUUGGGUCCAACCCAGAGGCAAUGGAUGAACAACGAUUACUAUAUUUCAAGACUCGGGGCGAAAAGUUUCAUGGACAACAGAUUCCAAAGGUCAACAUUGAAGAAGGACGACGAAAAAAAGGGAUAUCCACAAGCAAUCGACCGCUAGGCCUCUCGGCGUCGUUCCGGUUAUCGAGGACAUUUACGGACGAAGAUGAGCAGGAACACAACGAACGCCUAAUGGCUGCGUGUCCACCAUUGGACGCUGCAGAAAUGCGGUUCGUGCGCAAGAUGGAUCGCGGGUUCGGCACAAGGAUGGGGCAAGCCUCGGUUCUGUUGCAGUUGGGCGGCGCUGCGGUGCUGGUAUCGCUCCUUAUACUGGCGUGGGCAGAGAUGGGCAAGGCGACUGCAAUCCUGCUUACAUGCACGCACUUUCUAUUCUCCGCGAGUUACACACAGGCAUACUUCCGGCAGCGAGGAAGCCGGAAAAAGAUCAUGAAGCGGUACCAAACUGAGGAAAAGCAAUCUAACGAAUAG